CCACUCUUCAAUCUUCACUCUCAUAAAAAUGGAUCCACCCAGAUUCGUAAUAGAAGCAUCCUCGGCCCAAUCCAUGGCCCAAUCCUCCGCCCUCACCCUCCCCCAACUCCUCCCCACCCUCGUCCCCGCCGCCCAAUCCCUCGCCCGCCCCCCAAUCUCCAACUUUGCCGUCGCCGCCGUCGGACUCGGCUCCUCCGGCCGCAUCUUCGUCGGCGUCAACCUGGAGUUCCCAGGCCUCCCUCUCCACCACGCCGUCCACGCCGAACAAUUCCUCCUCACCAACCUCUCCCUCAAUGCGGAACCCCACCUACUCUCCCUCGCCGUCUCCGCCGCUCCCUGCGGCCACUGCCGGCAAUUCCUCCAAGAACUCCGCUCUGCCAACGACACGCAACUUCUCAUUACAUCCGAACCCACACAACAAUUCACUCCUCUCUCUCACUUCCUCCCCCACCCAUUCAGACCCCACGACCUUCUCCCCCUUCACUCUCCACUCCUCUUGGAACCCCAUCACAACGCUUUAACGCUUCAUCCCCAUUCCCCGUCCAAUAAUAUUAACGCCGUUUCUUCCAACGGCCACGUGGCAACUCACAAGCUCAAGAUUGCGGCUCUUGAAGCCGCUAACGAAUCCCACGCGCCAUACAGUGGGUCCCCCUCUGGCGUGGCUUUGGAAGAUCGCCGUGGCAACAUCUACAAAGGGUCUUACGUGGAAUCGGCGGCGUUUAACCCAAGCUUGGGACCCGUGCAGGCGGCGCUGGUGGCGUUUGUUGCCGGCGGCGGAGGGGACUACGAAGAGAUUGUGUGUGCAGUGUUGGUGGAGAAGGAAGGUGCUGUCGUUAAACAGGAACACACUGCGAGGUUGUUGCUUCAAUCCAUUUCGCCCAAUUGCCCCUUCACCACGUUCCUUUCCUCCUCUCUCUCUCACCCUUCGCUACCCUAAAUCUGAUGGUCAUGCC